CACACCGGCUCUCAGCUCACCGCAGAGCCGAGCAGGACUGCACCGCCGCGGGGAAGAUGGCCUCAGUUUUCUCCUCCAGCGGCCAGAGCAGACACUUAUGGUGAAAAGCCCGGCGGGUUUCGGCUACACCUUCCCCGAGAGUCCUGUCAAGCCAGACGACGAUGAGGGCAAAACCCCCUCAGCGGCGCUCCCAUCACAGGACACCCCACUCUGCGUGAUGCAAACCGCAGUCCAAGAGUUGACAUCCAGCAGCCGGGAGGUGACGGCGUCCUCUCCCCUCCGCUUACUUGCUCCUCUGCGGUGUCUCCUGGUUGAAGGCUUUCAUGAUUUACCUGCGUGAAACUCGGAACAUCCACAUUCACUGGGACUGUUUAUUGUAUUUUUUAACAUUAUAGUUAUACAAAGAUUAAACGCAGGACUGUUUAUAUUCAACCUCUGGAGGAAUUUAGCUGGAUUUUCCACAAUGAUCCGACGGCUAUAACUGGAGCUAGAAGUCAUCUAAAAGCUGGUGGACAUGAUGGCCAACCACAACGAGCUACAAGCUGAUCCGGAUGGCCUUUCGGUGCUCCAACAGCUCGGUCUGGACCAAAAUUCAGACUUCUCAGACUCCAGUGUGCAGCAGCGCCUGGAUGAGCACCGCGAGAGAAUCCGCAGGGAGAUUCGUAAGGAGCUGAAGAUCAAGGAGGGUGCAGAAAACCUGCGCAGGGCCACUACAGACAAGAGAAAUGCCCAGCAAGUGGACUCGCAGCUCCGCAGCUCGAAGCGCAAACUGGAGGCCCUCCAGGCUCAGCUGCAGGAACUGGAUGCACACAUUGUUGUCAAGGGUCCUGAUGAUAACAAAGAUUCCACCAAGUCUCCGAACUCAGUCAAUCGGACGUCGGCCAAUCAGCAUCGCAUUGCAGCUUUAGAGCGGCAGCUGAACAUUGAGCUAAAGGUCAAGCAAGGAGCAGAAAACAUGAUCCCCAUAUACGCCAACGGUGGCACAAAGGACAAGAAGCUCCUCCAGACGGCCCAGCAGAUGCUGCAGGACAGCAAGACAAAGAUUGACAUCAUCCGCAUGCAGAUCCGAAAGGCCAUGCAGGCCACGGAGCAAUCUGAGGACAGCCAAAGUAAGCCGGACCUGUGUGGGGUGGAGCUGCGUGUGGAGGAGCUUUGGCAUCACUAUCGUGUGGAGCACGCCAUGGCGGAGGGAGCCAAGAACAUGCUGCGACUACUGGGUGCAGGAAAGGUCCAGGAUAAGAAGGCCAUUGCUGAGGCUCAGUGUGGUCUGAGUGAGUCCUCCCAGCGUCUGGACCUGCUCAGGUGCUCUCUGGAGCAGAGGCUGCAAGAUCUGCCAGAGGAUCAUCCAAAAGCUUGCCUCAUCAAGGAGGAGCUGGUGCUGGCCUCCUCCUCGGCUUUCAGCUCCCGCCACAGCACCCCGUAUGUCCACAACCAGUACAGCACGCUGAGCAAACCAUCACCACUCACAGGUAGUCUCCAGGUUCGUCUCCUGGGCUGCGUAGGACUCCUGGAGGUGGUUCCAGGGAGGAGCAAGGGGACCCCCGUGGUUCUCCCUUCAUACUCUACUGCAGAUGGACGGUCCUCGUUCAAACUGAGCGGCCUCUACAGCCGUAGCACCAGCAGCAUGAGCCUCAAGAUUCCCAGCAAGAACGAAGAGCUCUCCUUGGAGGUGAGUGCAGUGCUAAAGCUGGAGAACACUGUGGUGGGACAGACAGCUUGGAGAACAGUGGGAGAACAGGCCUGGGACCAGACCUUCACUGUAGAACUGGAGAGGUCCAGGGAGAUGGAGAUAGCGGUGCACUGGAGAGAUUACCGCUCCCUGUGCGCUCUGAAGUACCUAAAGCUGGAGGAGUUCCUGGACAACCAGAGACACCAAGUCCAGCUGGAACUGGAGCCUCAGGGGCUGCUACUGGCUGAGGUGACCUUCUUCAACCCCGUCAUAGAGAGAGGACGGCGACUCCAGAGGCAGAAGAAAGUCUUUUCUAAACAACACGGGAAAGCUUUCCUACGUGCCCGUCAGAUGAACGUGGACAUCGCUACCUGGGUCCGCCUGCUCAGGAAUGUCAUUCCCAGUGGGAGCAACACACCUACUUACACUCCCAGUUUUACAAGCAACACCCUGUCACACACCACAGGAGAAAUCUCGGUGGAGAAGCUGAAUCUGGGCAGCGACUCUCCUCCUAAAGCUGAAGUCAGGAGAGAUGUGGUGGACGCACCGGCCACCUUGGAACAGAUGCCGGUCAUAGAGCCCCCGCCCACGCCGGUUGCUCCUGCUCAAGAACAGCCAACCAGAUCGCUGUCCCAAAACUCUUUACGCAGACCCACCAGAGGUUCUCUUUGCCUGCAGGACUUCAAGCUGAUAGCGGUUCUCGGCAGGGGCCACUUUGGAAAGGUGCUGCUGUCGGAGUACAAAAAGACAGGCAGCCAGUACGCCAUCAAAGCCCUGAAGAAAGGAGACAUUGUUGCCAGGGACGAGGUAGAAAGUCUGAUGUGUGAGAAGCGGAUCUUUGAGGCUGUCAACGGUUCGCACCACCCCUUCCUGGUCAACCUGUUUGCAUGUUUCCAGACGCCAGAACAUGUGUGUUUUGUCAUGGAGUACACGGCAGGAGGAGACCUCAUGAUGCACAUACAUGCCGACGUCUUCUCUGAGCCACGCGCUGUGUUCUACUCUGCCUGUGUAGUCCUGGGUCUACAAUUCCUUCAUGACCAUAAGAUCGUAUAUCGGGAUCUGAAAUUGGACAACCUGCUCCUUGACACACAGGGUUUUGUGAAGAUCGCAGACUUUGGGCUUUGCAAAGAAGGUAUGGGAUUUGGAGACAGAACCAGUACAUUCUGUGGCACUCCUGAGUUUUUGGCCCCGGAGGUGCUGACAGACACAUCGUACACCAGAGCCGUCGACUGGUGGGGGCUUGGUGUGCUCAUCUAUGAGAUGUUGGUUGGAGAGUCUCCAUUCCCAGGUGACGAUGAAGAGGAGGUUUUUGACAGCAUAGUUAACGAUGAGGUGCGCUACCCGCGCUUCCUCUCCACCGAGGGCAUCGGCAUCAUGAGACGGUUGUUGAGACGAAACCCUGAAAGACGCCUCGGCUCUGGAGAAAAGGAUGCAGAAGAUGUGAAGAAACAACCAUUUUUCCGGGGUAUGGACUGGGAAGCACUUCUUCAGAGGAAAGUCCUGCCCCCCUUCAUCCCAACCAUCGUAGGAAAGGAAGAUGUCAGCAACUUCGAUGCCGAGUUCACCACCGAGGCACCCACCCUCACGCCUCCCCGUGAGCGCCGCACCCUUUCUCGUAAGGAGCAGGACUACUUCAAGGAUUUUGACUACGUCUCUGACCUCUGCUAAGGUUUGGGUUCAGGAGUCAAAGGGUCAUCAUCUGCUCAGUGUCGACGGCAGACCCUGAAAGGAGAUGGACAAGCGAAGGCUGACUACCUGUGCUGUAAAGACAGAGGAACUUCAUGGUGACGAGAGGCGAGGAUCGGUGUCACUCUGUCUCUGUGUGUCAUCGACGGCGUGAAGGAUAAAACUUGUGUGACGUGAUUGCGUGUCACACACAUCUGCAGUGCCACACAUGUCUUGAAGAUAAACUUACUGGUGUGGCUUUUAGAGCAGCAGGAAGAUAAUCCAGAUUAAGUAAUAAAUGGAAGAUCAGACAAUAGAUCCCACUGUGUUGUUUGAAAUCCUCAGAAAGCCUCACAAUCACAGAUGUGAAGAGUGAGGGAAGCAGUUUUAACUUUCUUUCUGCAUCUGCUCCACUGUUGUUGUUUUUAUCCCUGCAGUUUGCUCCUGCAAAUCUGUGUUUAGCUGUGAAAAGUGACCCUUCUUUGGUCUUGAAUGUAUCAAAUCAGCCACAAUCAUGCAGUACCUAUAAAAUGCCACUUGGGGGAGCCAGAGGAGAACAAAUCAUUUUUCAUGUGUUUUAUUAGCUGCCGUUGCCGUUUCCUCAAUCACAAGACACUUCAUCUUUUCCUCAUGCUGUCUUUCGGUACAUCAUAUUUUUUAAUGAUUUCUGUGAUAUUUUUUUUCUCCUGUGUUUACUCUUUAUUCAUUUGCUGGUGAAAUGUGUUGGAACUGUGACUCAGUAAAGAUGUGAAACCAA